AUGAGUCAAUGGCUUGUCUCAAGUGCUCCUCCGAGGACAACUCUGCGGAUCAUAUCCAACAUUGACGAAGAAUGCGAAAAAGCAACUCUAUCGGAUGACAUUGAGAUCCACCAAGGUCCGUUCGGGGCAUUUAGAUUCAACCAAGCUCAAGACACAUUGUCUUCCGAACCAGCUGUGAACGACCAUGAAGAAACACAUUCCAGUUCUCCGGAAGAUGUGAUCCCAAUCAGCAAUUCUUACUUAGCCUCGUCCGAUCCCCAUCUCUCACCUUGGUUACAAGCCUUGAUGCAAUUCACAUUUGAUCAAGCAGAAAAUGUUCCCAGUCCGCCUUUCCCGGGAUAUUUAGACGCUAUGCUAGAUCAAGACUGUGUGGAAGGUGAUUCAGCGCCACAUGAAUAUUCACCCACAUCAUGCUUCCCAGAUCAAUCUUACAAUCAGCCCAUUUCCCCGACCUCUUUCACAUCCUCUAUGGGUACCACAAAAGCCGUACCCCAAGAUGCCGUCUUCCUUCUCAAGCACUAUGUCUCGGCUGUCAUUAGCCUGAUGACCCCCCUCCGACAUUCAAAGACUCCCUGGCACGUCCUUUUUAUACCUCACACCAAGAGCUGCCUUGCUGGUCUAGCUCUAGGCGAUGACAUGAGUGAUGCCAGUUUGUGUGCAUUCUACGGGACACUUGCUAUAAGCGCAUUCAGCCUUGGAGGAGUCUCUCGAUCUCAAACAUGGAACGAAAAGGCCAUUAUUUAUAAGCAAAAAGCUCAAGAGCAUGCAAGAAUGAUGCUCACAACAGCCUACGAUGUCCCAAAAGUAGCCAAAUAUAAGUCCAUCUUGAUGGCACUGCUCACCAUGGUCCAAGUGACAAUGUUCUCGGGGAACCGAAGACAAUCAGAAUAUUAUUUUGUCGAGGCGGAAAAGUUCAUCCGUUUAAGAGGGCUUCCGCGCAAAAAGUCCCGAAAAGUUCGAUUACUACAUCACUGCUAUGUAUUUGAGCGCAUCAUCCAUGAGAGUGUCUUCGUUUGUGGAGCGAACUCAAGACAGCGUCAUCGCGUUCACGCGGCCAUUGAAACGAGCGGACUAGGAAACUACAGCCUUGACAGUCUAUCAUUUCGCCUAUCGGGCUGGAAGAAUUUAGACCAAGAAAUGAUGAGAGUACGCGGACAGGAGGAAGGCGAGAAUGAUCUGCAUCUUGAAAGGCCCGGGUUCUGGUCUGACACUCUCUACCCGGAGAUAUUUGGGAUCCCUGAAGCUUGGGUUCUUCUUUUAUCCCAGGUUGUUCGAUUGGGGAAAGAAAAGGACACAGCAGGAGGAGAUAAUGUAUCGAACUGCAUCAGCUUGAAAGAGUUCAUCGGCCAGGCAAAAACCCUCGAGGACUACAUCAACAACCUGCCACUACCCAGCCUGGAGAAUAUUCAUUCUGAACUUGAUCAUGACAUCAUAGAGAAUAUGCUCAAUGCCAUGAAGAAUGCACUUGCGAUAUACUUCUAUCGUCGAAUCCACGACGUGGAUGCUUCCUUGCUACAGCGAAAGGUCGUCGUCGUGUUAGACCAUCUACUGCGCUGCGAGCACAGAGACUCCACUGUGGUACAUGGCUCAGCGGGAUUCAUUUGGCCUGCAUUCAUUGCAGCUUGUGAAGCCGAGGAUCCAUUAGUUCAAGCAUCAUUCUCCGACUGGUUUGUGAAUUCGGCACGCCGCAGUGGCUUGUCUUGCUUUACUGAGACAUUGGCCAAUAUUCAGCGAAUAUGGCAGGAGAAGACAUGUGCGAAUGGAAAGAGUGUAACUUGGUUGGAUCUGAUGAAAAACACCGUGCCAUUACAGCAGAUAUUUUGA